AUGCUUUUCAAUUCACUUCGUAUUGGGCUAUCACGACUUGCUAUCGCUGAGAAAGGAUACUGUUCAACUCGAAUUUUGUGCACAGCCUCUGCUCGAGCACCAAGUAGCGAAUCGAAGCCGAAGCCUGAUCGCUACACUCGUCAAACGAAUCUUCCGCUCGUUGAUCAAAAGAAAGCAUUCCAAAUUCAUCACAGCGCAACAAUGAGAGAUAAUCAGUACAAAGAAAAUCUGAAGCCUAUCCAGAAAGAUUUCUACCGCGAGCACGCGACAGUUUCUAGAAGGGACCAGUUCGAAAUCGAUCAGUGGAUCAGCGAAAACCAAGUCACGGUCGAUGGUCGGGGAAUACCGCGUCCCGUGUGGGAAUUCAACGAAGCAGCGCUUCCUGAUGAACUGGUAGACUUGCUGUACGCUAAAUUCCAAAAGCCAACCGUCAUCCAAUCAAUAUCGUGGCCAAUUGCAAUGAGUGGCCGUGACAUCAUUUCCAUCGCCAAAACUGGUUCGGGAAAAACACUAGCGUUUAUGCUUCCUGGACUUAUUCACACGACAAAGCAAGCACCACGAGCUAGAUAUGAGGGACCAUCGGUGCUAGUACUGCUGCCAACUAGAGAGCUAGCCCAACAAGUGCAAGAGGUUUCGAUUGACUUCUGCAACUCCCUCGGCUUGAAAAUGACAUGUCUGUUUGGUGGUGCUUCGAAAGCACCCCAGGCUCGUGAUCUCGAACGUGGUGUUGAUGUAGUUGUAGCUACUCCUGGAAGAUUAUUGGAUUUCUUGGAUAAUAAUAGCACAAAUAUGAAACGGUGUUCUUAUUUGGUUCUUGACGAAGCGGAUAGGAUGCUCGAUAUGGGUUUCGAACCCCAAAUUCGGAAGAUAAUAGGACAAAUUAGGCCCGAUCGCCAAACUCUCAUGUUCUCCGCCACAUGGCCGAAGGAAGUGCGUGCGCUCGCAUCUGAUUUCCAGAAAGACGCAGCGUUCCUUAAUGUUGGUUCCAUGGAGCUUGCUGCCAAUCACAAUAUCACACAGUUUGUGGAUGUAUUAGAAGAACAUGCAAAACAAGCUAGAUUGAUGCAACUUCUUAAUGAUAUAAUGAAUCAGCCUGAAUGUAAAACAAUCAUCUUUGUGGAAACAAAGCGCAAAGCGGAUGACCUGACACGAUGGAUGCGUCGUGAUGGCUGGCCUACGCUCUGUAUUCAUGGAGACAAAAAUCAAGGAGAACGUGACUGGGUCUUGAGUGAGUUCAAGGCUGGCAAAACACCUAUUAUGCUCGCAACAGAUGUUGCUGCCCGUGGUUUAGAUGUCGAUGACAUUAAGUAUGUUAUUAACUACGACUACCCUAAUAAUUCGGAGGACUAUGUUCACCGUAUCGGACGUACCGGUCGCCGUGAAAAGAGGGGAACAGCAUACACAUUUUUCACACCGCAAAAUGCUCCCAAGGCGAGAGACCUUAUAAAGGUUUUGGAAGAAGCUGGCCAACAAGUCCCGCAGCCACUUCGCGAUUUGCAAGGACGGGGUGGUAGUGGAAACAGCCGAGGUCGGUGGGCUGGAAGCAGCGGUGGCGGUAUGAAACGUGGAUAUAGCGGAGGAGAUGACUAUGGAGGAAAGAAGGGAAGGUACGAGAAUGGUGGUGGCUACGGUGGCGGCGGUGGUGGCCGAUGGUGA